UCGCGCUCCACCGCCAGCCGCUGUGCCGCCAGAUGGUGGGGCCGGAGGAUGCUGGCGCCUGUCCGGGAAGGAAGCCCAGACUGUUCCCUCCGCCGGGGCCCGAGCCCGGGGGCCGCGACGGGAGGAUGAUCGGGGCCACGGGCGGCCCCGGGGGCGGCCGCGGCAGCUGCUGCCUGGAGCCGCAGGAGGAGGGGGAGGAAGAGGAGGAGGAGGAGGAAGAAUCGGAGGAGGAGGAAUCGGAGGAGGAGGAGGAGGAGGGGGGGCCGCCGCCGCCUCAGCGGCUGAUUCAGCGAUACUUGGCGGUGGCGGGCGGGCAGCUGGAGCCGGGGCUGUGCCAUUGUAGCCCGCUCGCCGGCAGCCAGGCCGGCCGCCCCCCGUCGCCGCCGGGCUCAGGUUCCCGGCUCUGCGGGGACGAGCCAGACGGGAAGCCCCCUCAGGGCGGCGGCCCGGGGCCCCCGCUCCCGAGGAUGACCAACGGCGACUCGGGCUUCCUGCUGGGCCCGGGCUGUCACGACCUCGAGGCCGGCGGGCUGCCCCUACCCGCUCGGCCCUGCUCGUCGUCGGCCCCGGAGGGAGGCGGUGGCGGCGGGAGCUUCCUCCGCUUCCCCCGGGAGCCGCGCUGCUGCCGCGCCUCCAACCUCCGCCGCCCGCCCGGGGCCGACGACGACGGCGAGAGCCCGCCCGACGGGGCGACUCCGCUAGAGGACCCGCUCCAGAGCUGCCGCCUGGGAGCGGCGGAGCCGGGGGAGCCCGGCGGCGGCUCGGGCUCGGAGGACGCCCGCGGAGGCCGGCAGUCCCCACAGCCGGCCGGGCCUGGGGCCGCCCAGCGCGGCGGGGAGGCGGACGGCAGGACUGCGGGGGGGCCCCCAGGCGAGCCGGACUUUCGCUUCACGGACGUGAACUUGAACUCUCGGAACACGUACGAGGUGAGCCGCCGACAGAGCGCUCCGGACUACCUGGCCCAAGAGGGGCUCCCGGGGUCCCCGCCCGCCUCGGAGCUGGGCCCGGCGGGGGCUGCGGCCAAAGCCCGGAGGAGCGGCGGCGCUGGAGGAGGAGGAGGAGGAGGCGGCGGCGGCGGCGGCUUUGCGGACUUCUUCACCAGAAAUUUUUUUCCAAAAAGGACAAAGGAACUGAAAUCUGCUGUCCAUAGUGCUCCUGGCUGGAAGUUAUUUGGUAAAGUCCCACCCAGAGAGAAUCUGCAGAAGGCUUCUAAAAUUAUUCAGCAGGAAUAUGAAGCACGAAUAGGGAGGACAUGUAAACCUCCACUUCCGUCCACAAGACGUAAAAAUUUUGAAUUUGAACCACUUUCAACCACUGCUCUCAUUCUUGAGGAUCGACCAUCAAAUCUUCCUGCCAAAUCAGUUGAAGAAGCUUUACGUCAUAGACAAGAAUAUGAUGAAAUGGUGGCUGAGGCUAAAAAACGAGAAAUUAAAGAAGCACAUAAAAGAAAACAAAUAAUGAAAGAACGGUUUAAACAAGAAGAAAAUAUUGCAAGUGCAAUGGUGAUAUGGGUCAAUGAGAUACUACCAAAUUGGGAAGGAAUGCGUGGUACAAGAAGAGUUCGAGAGUUGUGGUGGCAAGGACUGCCCCCUAGUGUUCGUGGAAAAGUAUGGAGUCUUGCUGUGGGAAAUGAACUCAAUAUCACUCCUGAACUUUAUGAAAUUUUCCUCUCCAGAGCAAAGGAACGAUGGAAAAGCUUCAGUGAAACAAGUACAGAGAAUGAUGUAGAAGAUGUAGGUGUAUCUGUUGCUGACCGGGAAGCUAGUCUGGAAUUAAUUAAGCUGGACAUAUCCCGCACAUUCCCUUCUCUCUACAUCUUUCAGAAGGGUGGUCCUUAUCAUGAUGUCUUACAUAGUAUCUUAGGAGCAUAUACGUGUUACAGGCCCGAUGUUGGUUAUGUCCAAGGGAUGUCCUUCAUUGCUGCAGUACUCAUUCUCAACUUGGAAGAGGCAGAUGCUUUCAUUGCCUUUGCAAAUCUCUUGAAUAAGCCAUGCCAAUUGGCCUUUUUCCGUGUAGAUCAUAGCAUGAUGCUGAAAUAUUUUGCAACAUUUGAAGUGUUCUUUGAAGAAAAUCUUUCCAAAUUGUUUCUUCACUUCAAGUCUUACAGUCUUACUCCUGACAUAUACUUGAUAGACUGGAUCUUCACGCUGUAUAGCAAGUCACUUCCACUUGAUCUGGCCUGUCGAGUUUGGGACGUCUUUUGUAGAGAUGGAGAAGAAUUUUUAUUUAGAACAGGAUUAGGAAUCCUUCGAUUAUAUGAAGAUAUACUUCUACAAAUGGACUUUAUUCAUAUAGCACAGUUUUUAACCAAACUGCCAGAGGACAUCACAUCAGAAAAGCUUUUCAGCUGUAUAGCAGCUAUUCAGAUGCAGAAUAGCACCAAAAAAUGGACACAGGUGUUUGCAUCUGUAAUGAAGGAUAUUAAAGAAGGGGACAAGAAUCAUAGUCCAGCACUGAAAAGCUAAUCUUCACAAUUAAAAGCCUAAUUGAAAUGUAGAAAACAAUUUAAUAAAAUACUUUUUUCUACGUGAAAAACAUUAGAGAAAAAUAUUGGAGAAAUCCAGAAGAAUCAAGAGAGAUGGACAGAUGUUGAAUUUUCACUCAGUGGCAAAAGUAGAUAAAUGGAUAUCCUGUUGCCAGUAUUAAUUUUUAAAAAGUAUUGUGUGGGGAAAACAGUUUUCACAAAGAAAAACUUUGAAAGUUGCUAGUUCAUAUUCCAUAAUUUGAGGUAAAGAAUUUAAUGCAAUAAAAUUUUUAAAUAAUCUUGGUUGGUACUUAAAGUUUUUGAGGCAUGAUUAUUUUCUUUUUAACAGUUACUAGAAAGGCACUUUUGGAGGUCAAAAGGGGGCAUGUUAAAUUGUCUGAACCCCAAACUACUUUCUGAACCAAACCCCUCAGUAUAGUUAUUACCUCCAGAUUUAACCAGUUGAAAAUAUUAUGGACCAAAUAAAUUUCUUUGUUGUCUAUGUGCCUAAGACUAUGAAACAUUGGGUUAAACUUAUUUGGGUCACUGAUGUCAUUCAGUUUCAUCCAUCAGUUGGGGCAAAUAUGUGUAACUCAGGAACUGGAAAUAUUGGUGGUAGAUUGUACUUCACUGGUUUCAGGUAUUUCUUUUCCUGUAAUAUUUUAUGUUUGUUAUUGAAGAAAAAUUAUGUGGACAUUCCUUAAGAGAUUCUUAACAGAGGAAUGUUAGCCUUUCCAUUUCUAGUCUAAGAAAUGAUUUUAUUCAUGAAGUCAUAAAACACUAUGAAAAUGGGGAAAAAAUGGUGGAAGGAAAAGUUUUUCUUUGCACUUUAAUGGGCAGAAAUUUUGGUUUUGGUAGUCAAUCCAUAAAUGUUAAAGUGAGACUUUACAGUGAUUGUGUAAUCACAGUAAAGAAAUUACCCUAGUAUGUAAUGCUGACAGUUUUAAGUAGCAUGGUGCUUGGCAAAGACUUGACAUUCUUUGUACUUAAAAUCCUUCCACUGUUGAACAACAAAAUUUUGUAAAUAGAUUUGACAUUUGAAACCUUAAUUUAUAAGCCAAGUCAAUGACUUGCAAAAUGUGCUCUAGAUGAUGAAAAAACCUAAUUUUUUAAUCAAUGGAAAUGAAUGAUAGCAGUAAUACAAUUGAACAUUAACUUUUUCUAAUAAGUCAAACUUUGAUAUUUAUUGUGUAUUGAUUAUGUUAAUCACUGGUAGACUUGAGAUCAAAUUUAUCACUACAGCAUUUUAAUUUUGGAACUAAAAUGAAUCAUUUGAAUGUUAAGAGCAGUAUCUGCAUAACAUGCUACUUAUUUAAAGAAUGCUUUUAUGUUGCAGUUCGGUUUAUAACUACCUUUAAGCACAUUAUUUAUAUUGUUAAUAUGUAGUCUUCAAGCUAACAGGUCUGGUAUCUUUGUUAAUGUGGUGACCGCCUCUUUAGGAACAUAGAACUUGAGAGUGCCCACUUACUUCCAUCCCUGUUUAUUCCAGCACUGUGACUUGGGAGGGCCUCUCAGUAGUUGCUCCUAGUAGUAGAGCAGUGAAGCUUGCUAGGGGGAGGAAAACUUUCUGUGAAAUAAUGUUGGGGGGGGGGUUCGCGUCAUAAUACAAAGCCACUCGAAUGUCCGAAAUGAAUGACUAUAGUCAUUCCCUCCUGCCCAGUUACCUACUUGGUUGUUUUCAAUGGCCCUGGAAAGUAUUGAGCAUUGAACCCUGGUGGUCACCAUAUUGACAUCACAUACUACAUGUCUAAGUUAAAUUUUAUUUUUAUGUAUUCAUUUCUUUAGUUGGAACCAAGUUAUUUCUUCCAAUUUUGUUUUAUUAUUGUACAGUUUCUUUACCUUUCAAGUAUAAGCUUGUAUAUAAAAAUGUAAAUACAAGGGAUACAUUAAAGACCACUAAUAACAAUUCCUAUGUAAAUAAAAUUGUAAGCAGAGUAA